UUAAUAAGACAGUGCAAAACCACAUUUUGCACACAAUAGGAAGGCAUGGCAGCAGAAGUAGAGGGUACAGACACUGGACUAGCCUGCCUCAGUACACAGUGUGGACCUUUCCCCAUUAGAGAAUGUGUGGAGAAUUUUGAAAAGAAAACGCAACAAUGACAACCCCGUAUCCCUUAACGUGUUUGCAGGAAGAAUGGAGCAAAAUAUGCAGGAAUAGAUGUAUAUCAAAAAACAUGAAAUACCUUGGGAUCAUGCUGUCUGCACUAAAUCAAAGUAAAAAGCAAGAAUUACACCAAGUGUCCUUUUAUGCUCUAAUGACCACAUUUCACUGGCUUCAUUACACCCUCAGCUCAGUGCGAGGAUCUUGAGCUGACUCACUCAACUGCGAAUCAAAAUGUGCCAUUUUCUGCAGGUGAAAACCCAGUUAAGAAGGUGAUCUUCACCCAACUGAAACACUGUAAACCGCAAAAUACCCAGUCUGGCGACAUCACAGUGAGAGAGUAAAGGAGCCAGAAUUUUUCUUUGGCAUUCCAGCCUCUCUCCCUCAUUCGUUUCCUGAUUUCAUCCGGUAUAUUGGCUGGAAGGUUUUUGCUGAAAUGCGCGCACCUCGACUUUACUGUGUUGGAUCUAUAUCACAAAUGAACUAUAAAAGAAGGGAAGGCGACAACGCUGAUAAACACGUGUAUUUAAAGGAGCGCCUGCUUCAGCUUACAACGUGAUGUGACACCAUCUUAACUACAAUGGCAUGCAGUUCAUCGCCUUCUGCAGACUUCCUGCACCUCAUCAAGAAUGGCUGUGACCACAGCAACAUCAGCUGGCGCGCCAUCUUUAACGGUGACUCACUGAAGAGGAAUCACACCACUGUCUAUGAACGCCUGCACAGCACAUUCCUGGGAGUCUUCCUGGGAAGUCUUUCUCUCCUCACAAUAAUCAUGAAUUUGCUGGUUCUCUAUGCGGUGAAAAGAGAGAAGAGCCUCCACACUGUGGGGAACCUCUACAUUGUUAGUCUUUCUGUAGCGGAUCUCAUCGUGGGGACGACAGUGAUGCCUCUGAACCUGGUGUAUUUAUUGGAGGAUGAAUGGAAGCUGGGUCGUGCCAUCUGCCAGCUUUGGCUGAUCAUGGACUACGUGGCAAGCACAGCCUCCAUUUUUAGUCUGUUUAUCCUGUGUUUGGACCGAUACCGCUCAGUCAGGCAGCCACUCAAGUACCUCAAAUAUCGAACCCGGGGAAAAGCCAGUGUGAUGAUUUCUGGGGCCUGGCUGUUAUCCAUGAUGUGGAUUAUUCCUAUUUUGGGAUGGAGGACUUUCACGCAUGUAGACCUGAAACCUGAGGAAGAGAAUAAAUGCGACACAGAUUUCCGUUUUGUCACGUGGUUUAAGGUUAUUACUGCUGUCUUCAACUUCUACGUACCCUCAAUUUUAAUGCUGUGGUUUUACACACACAUUUACUUGGCAGUCAGGCAACAUCUCAGGGACCGAGAGAGAAUCAUCCACCCAAAUGAUUCAUUUGCGGAACACAAGAAUGAACAGAAUGCUCAAACACCCGAAAUAAAUGAGUCAAAAUCACCCAAGAGGGACUGUAAUGUUCCACUGAAAGAAUCAAAAAAGCAACGCUUGCUUGACCAGAAUACUCUGGAUCAGACAUACUCUCUUGAGGACACAGAUAAAAGCAAAAUUGCUGCAUCCGGGUGUCUACGAAAGAAUAAAAAGUGCCAGCAAACAUUGUUGUUUGUCACCACAACUAAACGGCUCAGGCUGGCACAUAAGGCCAGACGGUGCUCCUUGUCUCCUGAGGAGAAGCAGACGGACACUGAGAUUCCUAUGAGGAGGUCCUCCGUGCCAAAUGACUUAAUAUGCACAAACAGGAACAAUGACAACAAACUUCAAGCAUCUUUAAACGAAUGUCACAUCACAGUACCAAACUUGGUGAGAGACACACGUGAUACGAAUCAGAUUUCUGACGUGCAACAGUACACAUCUGUGCUCUGCAACAACUGUAACUCCAGCCACACUCUGCCCUGGAUCGAAGAACGGGUUGAAGAUGUGCAAAAUGACACAGACAAUGAAGGCAACCUGAAACAAUCUUGGCAAAGGUUCAUUGGCCACUCACGUCAGCGAUUCCAAAGCUUGCGGAUCAACAAAGAACACAAAGCAGCCAAGCAGUUGGGCUUCAUCAUCACCGCGUUCCUGUUGUGUUGGAUACCGUACUUCAUCGCCUUCAUGGUCAUGGCUUUCUGCAGAGAGUGUGUGCACCAUGACCUUCAUAUGUUUACAAUCUGGCUCGGGUACAUCAACUCUACUCUUAAUCCUUUUAUAUACCCUCUUUGCAAUGGCAAUUUUAAACGGGUUUUCAGAAAUAUUCUGAACAUACAACUGUGACUGGUAACAGACACAAAUACAGGGGGAAAAUCAUGAUGCUGAUAUUCAGGUUGACCAGGGGAGGUGAUGGUCUAGUGGUUAAGCGUUGGGCUUGAGACCAGAGGAUGCUUGGUUCAAGUCCCAGCCUGACUGGAAAAUCACUAAGGGCCCUUGGGCAAGG